AUGGCAGGUGGAGGGCACUACUCGCCAGUGAAGGUGGAUCCUGCCAUCGAGCGAUGGGGCUUCAUGGUGUGUCGAGACUGUGCCAUGAUUGGCCGGCACCGGCUCAUCCGCUGAUCACAACGCUGGCAUUCCGCCCCUCUGUGCCCGCAGAGACAGACUGUUUACGAGCGUUUCAGAUUGACGCCUAGGAACACUUGGGUCGUGCUCGUCCUUGGAGCUCUGAUCCCUUAUGGAACUUUCAAGCUGGCGCAAGCCACCGAUGUGAGUCGAAGCGGUGGUCCAGGCCUUUUCGUCCGGUGUCGGGCGAAGCGUACUACUCGCGUUUGGAUUGUGAUUGUCGAACCAAGGUCGCUGGAGUUUGGAUGUGACGCAGGGGCGAUGAGAUCUUCUUCCGCGCAUCCGGUUCCGGGGCGCGGUGCGGUCAACGUCGAGCCUCAACCGAGCUACAGCCCUUUGAGCGAGGCACCCGCCCAACUUUGCACGCGUUCAAAUUACCACUUCACUCUGCUUUGCACUCUUGCACACUGUGGUGCGACUUUCACAUCUCGAAGCUUGCUAACCUCGCUGCUCAUCUUGUUCCCUUCCUCCUUUUCAUAUGCUGGUGUUUAUCUCCAAAUUCCCAACCCUCUUGGUACUUCAUGAUGAUUAGGCCAAGUGGGACAUGCAGGCGAGAACGCGAGGAGAGUCAUUGUUGGCCAGACCACCUCCUGCCAGCGAAACUGACGAGGCAUAG